AUGGGCGAUCCUGGCGAUGGUGUGCCGAACCAUCUUUGGCGAGUCAUCGGCGAGAAUGGAUUGUUGGUGCGACAGGAGGCGGAUUUGAAGAGUUCUGAGUUGGGCCGUCUACCAUAUGGAGCAGUUCUACUGCAGAAGGAGUUGCGUGGAGAGCGUUUGGGGUUUCAGCUGCUGCGCGGAGCCGGGCCACUGGAAGGCUACGUGUCGUUGAGGAUCAAGGGAAAGGAGCUACUCCAGAAGUGUUUGGUUCCUUUGGAUCCUCCAGAAACACACGUCCCCAACGUGUCGAUGGAGGUUGAAAUGCCAACACACUGCUUGACCAGUCUUUUGGACUUCCAACGCGUGGCCAACUUCCGGGACCUCGCGGAGGGCCUCGGCGCGCGGGUCGCGUUGCGCCCUGGGAAGCUCUUCCGCACGGGGCACUUCGCGGCGGCCCUUCGCGAGGAUCUUGGGCGUUUGGACGCUUUGGGCAUUCGAACCUGCGUGGAUCUGAGGGACGGGCUCGACUUCGAAGGGGCUGAUGCUCCAGUGUACGACAUCUUUCCUCCGCGACCCCGAAGUCCACGGAGUGUCCCUUCAGCGGAGCCGGGGACACGGCGGCGACUUUGGUGUCCCUUCAGUAAAGAUCUGAAGCUUCGCAGCUGGUCUUCGGAGGAGAAACUAGGCCUGGUGCCGCAGCACCACCGACGCGCUUGGCACAGCUGGUGGUACCGCGGCGAUGGACAGGCGGCGGAACCAGCGGGCAACGUGGGCGAAGGGUAUCAGCGAUACGUGCGCCUGUUCAUGGAGAAGAAGGUGGAGGUCAACCAAGCCUCCAAUCUAUGCGCCCUGAAUCGUGCCAUCUUGUUGGUCAACUCGGAUGAGGUCUUGAAAGCAAUGAAAGCACUGAGUGAGGUCCCUUGGCAACGGGGAUUGGGGUCCAAGGACCAAAACAAGUGUACCAGAUUGUACUGGCUGAGGGCACAGGGCCGAUUUUUGUUGGCGAAUGCUAAGGAGAAAAACUACCCUGUGGCCUUUGGCUGCGUGGCAGGAAAAGAUCGCACUGGUCUUUUGGCUUGCCUGGUUCUAAGUGCUUUGGGCGUCGACAAGGAAACCAUCAUGGCUGACUAUCUCAAGACCAAUUUGGCAGCGGAGCACAUCAAUGCAUGUGUCCAGGUUGGUAUGGCCUUGUGGUGGAAGCAACUGGAGUCGGAAGACCCGCGGCGCUUUAAGAUGCUGCAAAGGAACGGACAGGUCUACCCGCUGGACUACGAUGCGUCAUGGCCUGGCCUGAAAGGUGGCAGGGCCAGUCCCGGUAGCGCGGGGAACACGGCGCCGGUGGCGCCAGCCGUGUUUCCAGCCACCAUGGCCUACACCCUGCAGCUCUUGGAAGAGGAAGCUGGGAAUGGACGAUCCAUGUGUAUUGCCAGGGAAUGUCAUAGAUAUCUAUGUGAUUCUAUAUUUAUUCUGUGUAUAUAUCUUUAUAGCAAUAACAAUAGUAGUAAUAGUACAUAA